AUGUGGUGGUACACGCCUGCACCGCCCUCAACUGCCUCGCUCCUCGCCCUGCCGCCACACCCCCUCUCCCACCCUCUCCGCCACGCCCCCAUUCCCGCCCUCCCCUCUUCCCUCCUCGCACCCCCUCCCACCGCGCUCCCCGCUUCCCCCCCAUCCGCCUCGCCCCUCGCCCUGCCGCUCGCCACCCUCACUGCGCCCCUGCUCGCCUCACUGCACCCCUGCUCGCCUCACUGCGCCCCUGCUCGCCUCACUGCACCCCUGCUCGCCUCACUGCGCCCCUGCUCGCCUCACUGCACCCCUGCUCGCCUCACUGCGCCCCUGCUCGCCUCACUGCGCCCCUGCUCGCCUCACUGCGCCCCUGCUCGCCUCACUGCGCACCUGCUCGCCUCACUGCGCCCCUGCUCGCCUCACUGCGCCCCUGCUCGCCUCACUGCGCCCCUGCUCGCCUCACUGCGCCCCUGCUCGCCUCACUGCGCCCCUGCUCGCCUCACUGCGCCCCUGCUCGCCUCACUGCGCCCCUGCUCGCCUCACUGCGCCCCUGCUCGCCUCACUGCGCCCCUGCUCGCCUCACUGCGCCCCUGCUCGCCUCACUGCGCCCCUGCUCGCCUCACUGCGCCCCUGCUCGCCUCACUGUGGCGCCUCCAUCUCUCGCCCUCCUCCGCUGCCCCGACCACCAAUGGUGGGGAGGUUAGGAAGGGCGGCAAGGGUAGGGGUGGUGGAGAGGGGAGGAGGGCGGGAAUUGUGGGGCGGGUAGCGGAGUGGCUGUGGGGGCCAGCAGAUGUGGUGGUUGGGAGGGGCGUGGAAAGGGGAGCGGUGGUGGGGGCGGGGGAAAGGGAAGGUGACGUGGGCGGGACAAGGAUUAUGCACUCUCACACUGCAGCUGCUUCAAGUGGAAGGGAGGUGUGUGGAGGAGUGGCAGGAGCGGAUGGAGGUGUAAGGGCGCACAGCACGUGCAGCAGCACACCCACGACCAGCACCAGGUACGGCAGCAACACCUGCAGCAGCGGCGGCCGCGGCGGCGGCUGCGAGCCAAGUGCCCCGUGGCAGGGCAGGCAGGCAGCAGCAGUGGCAGCGGUGGUGCAUGUGCUGGUGCUGCUGGUGAAGCGGUGGCCGGCAGGUGGCAGGGAGGUGAAACGGGAGCUGCGCUACCCGGCACACCUGUCAGGCGCCAGGGGACGCCUGGUGCAGUUGGUGGCCAUGGCCCUACCGCUGCCACAUGGGGCGCACGUGGAUGGUGGUGCUUCUGCUGUUUCAGAAGCAGCUUUGAGCCUUCUCACUGCCAUGGGUGAGUGGGCCAUGCGACUGCUUCCCAUUCUUAAGCUCUCUUUAUGUGUUUCCAGUCAUGCACAAGCCAAUUCUUACCAAUUUUCUCUCCCCCCCUGUGUCCUCUUCAUACCCCAUCACACGUCAUGUGUGCAGAGCCACCCAUCGUUUGCUGCUGCCACUCAAUGCACUUGGCCCGCCACCACUACCGCGCCAUCGCCCCUCACCCCCCUCCUCACCUUCUCUCUGCAAGCAGCCCUCACACCGCUCCCCCUGAACCCCUGCCACUGCCCCCACCCGCCCUCCCUCCGCCUCAUCUCAUCCUCCUCCUCGCCUGCCAGCUCAGCAGCCAGCCACGUGGCAGCAUCUGCCUGGCGCACUGCAGCGAGCCUCCUGCGCUGGCCGGGUGGCCAUCAUGACCCGGACGUACUGCGGGCGGCAGGCUUGUCCGCAUCUGUGUUGAUGCGUGCACUGGUGGGCGGCGGGGUGGAUGUAGAGUCAGGAUGCGGCCGGAACAGCAGCGAGGAUCAGAUGGGCAGUGGGGGAGUUGAUGGCAGGACGGGUGGGCGGGAGGAGGAGGGGGGAGGGUCACAAGCUAUCAUGGCGGCAGCGUGGGAGGCAGUGAGGUGGAUGGCAGCAUUCUGCCACGUGGCAGUGUGUGACUCAGAGGGAGGUGUGACUCUAGUGAGGGCGAAGGAGGCAGGAAGCAGGGCGUGUGGGAAGGCAGGCGAGAGCAGGGAGAGCAGGGGAGGGGUGGGUGGUGGGGGCGGAAAAGGGGAAGAAGGUGGAAGGAGCGGGGGGGGAGCGGAUGAACAUGCAGGCAUGAAGGCGGUAGCAGCAUUGGCAUGCCUGGGCGGGCUGGCAGCAGCAGCCGUGCGCCAGGCUGCCCUCGCCUGCCGCCUCUGCUCGCGCUCCGCCCCUCGUCACUCCUCUGCACCAUUUCUCACCGCUGACAUGCCAGUACAGGAGUUGGAAGCUGCGACGAAGCUGCUAGUGGUGGCAGCGCUGGCGUGUGACGGGCGGGGAGGGGAGGCAGUGCGGGCGGAGGGGGGCGUGGAGGCCGUGGGACUGGUGGUGGCGGCACGCGUAGCCCUGUGGACCAAGGGGGGCGCAGGGGAGGAGGGGGAGGGGCAGGCCAGCGGGAAAGAGAGUGCUGACGUCAUGCUGUUGGCUUAUGAGUGGCCGGACAUACCACACGCGUCAUACUGUGCUGACGUCACAGCAUGGCAAGGUGCUGACAUCAUUCUGUUGUCAGCCCUGACAGCUCUGCUGGCCGUCCUGCACCCCGCAAAGCCGUUACCAUCCCACCUGCCUCUCUCACAGCCACUCUCACCCGGCCCGCCUUGCGUGCUCUUCCCUGAAAACCUCAUCCCCGCCCUCACUCGUCUCCUCCAUCCCGCAUCGCCUGCUGGCUUGCGCUGCCUCGCUGCCCGCUGCCUCUCGCUCUGCUGCUCCCUGCCCCGCCCUCCCCCACCCUCCGCUGCAAUGCCUGCUGCUGCCAAACAACCCUCUCACCAGCAGCCCUCUCACCAGCAGCCCUCUCACCAGCAGCCCUCUCACCAGCAGCCCUCUCACCAGCCGCCCUCUCACCAGCAGCCCGGCACACACAGUGAGCCACCCCCACUAGGAGUGCCCUCUGCUGUGGGUCGUGACCUCCGCGCUGCCGUCACCUGCCUCUCCCCUUCCUCCUCCCCAGCCUCUUCCCCGCGUGCCGCCUCACACACUCACUUCACUCCGCUCACACCCUCCCCUGCAACCCCCAAUGCCCACGUUGUCUUCCUCCUCACGCACCCCUCUGCACCCACCUCCACCGCUGCCGCCGCCUCCCCACUGCGAGUAGUGGCGCACGCGGCAAUCAUCGCUGCCCGCUGCCCCGCCCUCGUCACGCCCCUCCCCCUCCGCCUGCCCGCCUCCCUCCGCCUGCCCGCCUCCCCCCGCCUGCCCGCCUCUCCCCGCCUGCUCUGCCUCGCUGCUUGCUGCCUCUCCCUCUGCCGCUCCCUCCCCUGCCCCCGCCUGCACUCCACUGUGCUGCCUGCUGCCGCACAGCAGCCCUCUCACCAGCCGCCCACCACAGUCAGUGAGCCCCCUCCACUAGGAGUGCCCUCUGCUGUGGGCCGUGAUAUCCGCUGUGCCCUCUCCUGCCUCUCGCCUCCCUCCUCAUCCUCCUCCGCCUCCUCCCCCACUCAUGCCUCAAACACUCACUUCAUCCCGCUCACACCCUCCCCUGCAAGCCCCAAGGCGCACGUGGCAUUCCUCCUCACGCACCCCUCUGCGCCCACCUCCACCGCUGCCGCCUCCCCACUGCGAGUGGUGGCGCACGCGGCAAUCAUGGCUGCCCGCUGCCCCGCCCUCGUCUCGCCCCUCACCUCCCCCUCCGCCCCUGCCCGCCUCUCCCCGCCUGCCCCCCCUCAUAGCACCCCCUCUCUUCUCGAUAAGGGAAAGGACGAGGGGGUGAAUGGGCAAGGGAUGGCAAGGGGGGGAGGGGAGGGGGCGGAGGGAGAGGAGGGGACGGUGAGGGAGGUGCGGCUGGGGAAGGGUGUGAGUGCUGAGACGUUUAGUCAGCUCUUGGAGUACAUAUACACGGGGCAGGUGUCGCUCUCUCAUUGGCCGUCAAAGGAUCUGCUGCAGCUGGCUAAGAAGUGCCGGUUGGAUGGGCUCGUUGCACUCCUUCGCUGUGAUUGGCCGAUCUGGGGCCGUGAUGAUGCAUUGGGUUGUGAUCUGACGUCAGCACUUGGUCCUGCUGGACCGCCUUGGAGCGACAUUGUCCUCUGUGCCAUGCGCACGCCACGCUCCCCUCUCCCCCGCGCUCCAACCGCCUGCAAGCCCCAGCAGCCAUGGGGAAGAGGUGCAGCAUGA